AUGACACUGUGGGAUGUGGAUCUAGAUAAGGCGACAAAUACACGCCUCACUCAGAUGGAUUAUUAUUGUUAUAGAAUCUUUGAAAGACAAGAUGAAUACUCAACGAUACUAAGAGGAGGAAUGCUUUUUCAAGAAUUCAUGGUAGAUGCUUGGGCAGCGACAGAACAAAAUCGACUUGGGUACAUUAAGAGGGAACAGACUAAAUUGAGGGCACAAAACUACAAGGGAUUCGCCGACCUCGGACUUUCUGGAAACAAGCCGGAUGAAAUGGGACAACCAGUCAUACUUCCAUCCAGUUUUAUAGGAGGUCCUCGCCAUAUGUACGAAAUAUACCAGGAUUCUAUGGGGAUCACCAGGUAUAACCACCACCCGGAUAUUUUCCUCACUAUGACAGCAAACCCCAGAUGGGAGGAAAUCACUAAUUCUUUAUUAUCACACCAGCAACCCCACGAAAGACCAGAUUUAAUUGCGAGGGUCUUUGAGCUUAAAAGGAAGGCACUUAUGAAGGAAAUUCAACAAAAGAAAGUUUUUGGCAAGACAGUUGGACAUGUCUAUACUAUAGAGUUCCAGAAGAGGGGACUGCCACAUAUGCACGCCUUAAUAUUUUUGGAAAAGGCUGAUAAGAUCCACACCCCGGAGCAGGUGGACAAUGUAUUGUGCGCAGAAUUCCCAGAUGAAGAUAAGGAUCUCGCCCUAUUUGAGACUAUCCAAAAAUGUAUGGUCCAUGGUCCGUGUGGUGCCAGGAAACCAAACGCGUUGUGCAUGAAUGACGGGCGAUGCACCAAAAACUAUCCAAAACAAUACGCGGAGUCUACUUCAUUGGGAGACGGCGGCUACCCAGUUUACCGCCGACGUAACGAUGGUCGCGUUUUCCGAUAUCGAAACCAUUUAUAUACUAAUAUUGAUGUGGUACCUUACAACCCGUACCUGACUCGGAUGUUUAACUGA